CUCUACGGAACACUACGAUUAGUACUUACGCUGCCUACACGCUAUUCACGAAAUUUCAGAGGACAAGAAACGCCAAAGUUAACGUCCGUAACGUCGUCAAGCUUCAAAUUUCGAGGCUGUUUGUUGUUCGCUUUGUGGUUGGAUCCAUUGACCGUGGCGUUCAUCUGGCACGGCGGAUCCUCAAACCGCGGCAUCAGCUAACAGCCAGCAGCUGCAAUUCACAAUAGCCGUUCAUAGUGGACUGUUCACGGUAACGAACGUUCAUGAUGGCCACUCUUCUUUCACCAGCCGUGUCCAUGAACACUACCGACUCAACCCCGCUCUCCCACUACCAUUCUCUCCGACCGUCCCCAACACCAUCCUCAAGUGCUUCAUCAUCAAGUGGCUCUUUGAAUCGCGCAGAUGAAGGUCCGUCAUUCCGUCCUUCUUUCCGCUGCCUCGAGGCAGGUGUUUACGGCAGGAUAGAAAAUCUCACCAUCACCGCGUCGCGCUCGUUGCUCGCGAGAAACAAGGGGAAGCGAAAGAGCAACGAGGACAUCCGUCUCCUCGCCAUCUCUACACAUAUCACCGAACUUUCCUACAGUAUAUCAGACAUCCAGACGCGUAUAUUUGAAAUACAGGAACUACGACACAAGUCUCAAUCCUCAGGCGAUGCAGCAGCCACGACCAUUGUCAUCGACAAAGCUCUUGUGACUCUUGACGAACGCCUUGAGGCUGUUGCCCAUGGCAUGAAAUCAAACCAGGCCAAUGAUACCCCGGACUCCGAACAAGCUAUACUGAUCCGCAAGCAUGCAGUACUCGUCACCGAGUGGGAAUCCGUGCAGAGCGAGACAGAUGUUCUCAGGGAAGAGUUGAAAGAGGAUAAAUGGCUCACUGUAUUCAGAACCGUCACUGAACAGGCGGACGGAAUGAUGGGGAGCUUGGAGAAGGCAGUCAAUCGUUGCCAGGAUUUUAUUUGGCAAGUACACCGGGGAGGUGCAGACGAUUCACACUCCCAGUCAUCAUACAGGGGCUCACUUAGCUCUGACAAGAAUCCCCUCGGCAUCGAGGUAUUCAACGAGUUGCUCAGCUCGUUCGAAGCGAAGAAAAAGCACUACGUCCCAGCCACGUCCAAGGUCCUUGCGAUCAUUGACAAUGGCGUGCAGAAUCGUGUCACAAAGAAUGGGGAGACGCUCCGGCGGCAUGGAGAAUCUGCUAAGAGGUGGCGUACACUCAAGGAGCGGAUGGCCAAGACGGAGAAGGAGAUGGAAACCGUGCGAAAGAUCCUCAUGGGUGGUGAUAUGGCUGUAAGUGAAACGACUUCGACGGCAUCCGGGUACACAGCGAAUGGGUAUCUUGCAACGCCUUCGAAUCGCGCUUCGAAAGACCGUGCACCGAGCCGAGCUACAAGUUCUACGGGCGCUCUUUCGCGGAGCAUAUCACCACUGAGGAAGUUUGCAAGGAAAAUCGCGGGUCAUGUACGCUCGCCUCCAGCUCCCGUCACUCCCUUGCCUGUAUCACGGGAAUUGUCGUCGGUGUCAAGGGACUCUUCACAAUCACAGGGUCCUUCAUCAGAGCCAGUUAAGACGCUACGACGACAACGUACCUCAAUAUUCUCAUUCAAUCGCAAUGCCAGUGGUGCCCCACUUACACCAGAGAAGGGACACAAAUAUAGCCAGAGCCUCACUCCCGAAUCCUCACCGGCCUUCAAACGCCUUGACCGUAUUGACGACCCGAAUUCAACCAUGAAACCGAAAAAUUCGAAGCAGCCGUGGAACAGCUCAACGAAGGUGGAGUCGCCAGACCCUGUGGCGACCAUUAAGCCCACUCCUCCAAAGCGGCCGGAUGUCAAGUCUGUCCUCACCCCUGGAUAUGGACCUCUUGUACCGAGCACGCCAUCACGAAGGAGCCUCAGCCGUAGUUCAAAUGCGUCUUCACGACCUUGGUCUCCUGUUACUUCCUCUGUAUCCACAAACCCUUCUAUACCUCCUCUUCCAUCUCUACAUCCACCAUCACGAGCUCAAACACCCAGUCUUGGGACGAUACCACGUCCAAGACCUAAGACCCCAAGUCAUAUCCCCGCCCCCGCACUACACUGGCGUUCCGUAUCUGCACGGCAGCCUGAUGAUGACGAGGAGGAGCUCACGACACUGAUGCAGCGCGCAUUUUCGCCUCCACAUAAUACCUCUCCAAGCGCCGCACGUUCGUACACCCCAAGCGGCGUACGCAUACCCCCACCUCGCCCUCCAAGCCGAUCACAGAUACCCCUUCCCAGCGUGCAUGUCUCCUUCGAAUCCCGUCCCUCAUCAACAAUGUCGCACUAUCGCUCCCAGAGCCCCCUGACCCCAGGGUCCCUCUUCAGGGCGCAGACGCCCGAAUCGACACUGAAAGCAAAAGCCCAGCAGCUCUCGUUCUACACAGGCGCAGGAAACAACGGGAUGCGUGCAUCCGCGCGGCAGGUUGUCUCAGGGAAGCUCCCGCCCUCGUCAUUCCGCGAUUCGUCGACGACUCGGACGCCCAGCUCGCGUCCGGGGUCGCGGUCAGGGUCAUACACGCCUAUGGAGCGCGAACCGAUGCACUUGUACGUCCCUGCGAGUGACAAGGACCCACUUGACGUGGAGGUGGCGGCGAUCGUGAAUGCGAUCCCGCACGGGCUACUUAUUGAGCGUGUAGACCCACCGCUGAAGGCGUCGCCGAAGGAGGGGGAGGAGAUUAGGGCGUCGUAUGCGUUUUCGAAUAGUUUGAGUCGCAAAGUGGUGACGUGUAAACUGACGACGCUGUCGCGUUCUGGGGCGAGGGGGAGUGGGAUGACGAAGAAGGUUAUGUGUCGAGUUGGAGGCGGCUGGCAAGAUUUGCAGCUCUACAUGCUCAACCGUCAGGCCGGCAUAUAGACAUGAUACGAGGAACGGUUACUCAUGCAUCAGACCUGAAUUAUUUCUUCACUUUUUCAUUUCAUCAAUUACGAUCACAGAACGGUCGCACGUAGAGAAUCGCUAGUUGCACAACAAGUUUAUUGUAUUGCAUCAUGAUUAUAUCCUCAUGUUCUUUAACGUUUGUGCAGUUUCAUCUUUCUUGUUAUCUUGGGGUUUAGUCACAGCUUGCUAUUGAAUUGCUAUGAUGUCUAGUUUACGCAACGUUUACUUAUGUGACGAUGUUGGGUUCCCA